UAAAUAAGAAAAAUAAUAUACCUAUUGUAAAAUAUUUUUUUUUGUGUCAAAUUUUAUCAUUGCGACUAUAUUGUCUAGUAAUAUAAAUCAAAAUUAAUUGGAAUGUUUUACCCAUUACAAAAUUCGGAAAUAUCACUAUGUUUAAUUUUUUACUUAAAAGCUUGGCUUCACGGUGCAACCUCAAAUAACGCCCGUGAUAAUAGUUUUAAAACUACGACGUCCAAAAUGUUCUAUCCAAAGUUCAAGCCAAUAGAAGAGAAUAUCAUUUCCUUUCCAACUGUUGUAGGAGGCAUUAGGACUAAAAUCAAAGAAUAUCCUUUUCUUGUUUCUAUAAGAGUGAAUGACAAGUAUGAUUGUGCCGGUAUCAUCAUUGAUUCUGACAAAAUUUUAACUGUUGCCCAUUGUAUGAAACCAGGCAUACGGCAUUCCUUAUAUACGAUUCAUUGUGGUAAAUCCAAGAUAUAUGGCAACGAACCAGGUCAAAAAGUUUUUUCCAUUAAAGCAGCAAUUAUUCAUGAAAACUAUGUUAGGGAAGAUAAUCAGAAAAAUAAAUUUCAAUAUGAUAACGAUAUUGCUAUAAUUAAACUAAAUGAAACCUUAAAAUUUACAGCCAAUAUCAUGAAGGCUGAAUUACCCAAGGCAAACGAAAAAAUAACCCCAAAUACCUAUUGUUGCGUGGCUGGAUGGGGUAAAACGAAAGGUCACGGCGAUGUAAAUGUCCUAAAUGAAAUAUGUAUACCCACAUGGAGUACGUUAAAAUGUAAUAGGAAAGAAUUCUAUGAUGGUAAAAUAUCAAAUAAUAUGAUCUGUGCCGGUGAAGAGUCUGGUGGUAUAGAUUCUUGUCACGGAGACUCAGGAGGACCCUUGUUGUGCUAUAAACGAGCCACUUCCAGUAAGAAAGUUUCUGGUUUGGUUUCUUGGGGGAAAGGUUGUGCCGAAUCGAACAAACCUGGAGUUUAUCUGGAUUUAUCCAAAUAUAUAGAUUGGAUUAAAACGAAUUCAAAAAAGUUACAAUUUGAGCCCUAACAUCAAAAUGAUAAUACAUUGUUUAUAAUUAUAUUAAAAUGAACAUUGCUCAUCUAUAUUAUAUAAUAGCCGCAAACAUUACAUUACUUACACAUUUAUUACAUUUUUAUAUUAUGUUUCAUUAUAUUUUUUUAAGGAUACCAUAUUUAGUAUUUUAUAUGUUUUUCAUCCUUUUCUAACAUCGGAUAACUAUAAAAUUCACAUUAUACAAUGAUUACAUUAUAAUUUAUUUAAGGAAACUAUAUUUACUAAUAUAGUUCUAAUUUUUCAUAAUAUAUGUCAACAACACGAACAAUAUAAUUAAAAUAAAAGUGCUUCUAACA